AGUAAAUGAAGGCGUUAUUUUUCAAAUGUUUUAAUUUAUUGGUAACAUCAAAGAACAAUGUCAAAAAUUAUGAGUAUGAUUAUUAACUUUAUUAUGCUACAUUCACUGCCUCGUUAUAAAACUGUAGCAAUUACCAAUACCAACUGGUUCAGUAACAAGAAGUACAGAAAUGAACAAUGGAUGAACAAGGCUAUCUUGGUGCCGAGUGGAACCUAUGAAACCGAUGUUCAGUUCCAAAACAUCAUAAAAACAUUCAAUAAUACAAGCUAUGAAAAAAAUUUAAAGUUCUGGGCAUUUGAUUCUCAUUUUAAUAUUUAUCUAAAGAAACAGCCACUAUUCCACAACAAAAUGACAAUAACUCAUCAAGCUGGGAGCAAUACUAACAUAGAUAUUCCCAUAUUUUAUAUUGGAUUCAAUUACGAUGUAUCCGUGACUGUUGUACACGGAAGAUUUCAUAGUAAUAACUUCAAAGGCAGACUAAGCUGGAAUAACGUUACAAUUGAAAUCGAUUGUCCAAAUGCAAAGGCUGUUGAUAGAGACAUUAAUCUUAAAUACGUAUUAUUAUGUAAAAUAAAUUCCUUCAAAUCCGAUGACACUAUUGUAAGAGAUGAUUACAUUUUUAUGGAAGAAAAACACAGGGAUUGGUAUCACGUUAAAAAGAACAUGUAUAGACAGCAUCACAGACACCGACGUUCACCUAAGGAACGUCGGUCGUGCAGCGUUUACUUGGUUGCAGAUCAUUUAUAUUUUAAACACGUUGGUAGUUUGAGUGUUGGUAGCACAGUUGAAGCAAUGACAAGUAGUCUUGCUACAGCAGAUGCCAUUUUUCGCAGCACAGACUUCGAUGGCGAUGGAUUUGGUGACAACAUUGGAUUUGUUGUUGAAAAUAUUACAAUUUACAAUAACCCUUAUGUACCUGGUUAUAAAUUAAAGGUAGAAAGUUUAUAUGCACGUGAUUAUCUUCUUCGUUUUGCUGAAUACGAUUUAAGUAACUACUGUCUAGGUGUGGUUUUCACUUACAGAGAUUUUGAAGACGGAAUUGUUGGUUUAUCUAGUAUAGCAUCUUCAAACCAUCACAAAUAUGGCGGUAUUUGUCAGGCACGCAUGUCAGGCAUAAGUCUAAAUUGCUUGUUGGUAACUCAACUUAAUGAUGGUGUAUUGGUUUCCAGCAUGAAGGCCGCAAUGACGCUAACACAUGAAUUUGGUCAUUGUUUUGGCGCGCAACAUGAUGCAUCAGCUGAACUUAACUGUGCACCAACUAAUAAAUAUGGGAAAUAUAUUAUGCAUGAAUAUCUCGUUUCAGGAUACAAAUCAAACAACCAACUAUUUUCCCCCUGCAGUAUUAAAAAUAUACACCCUGUCAUUGUAAAGAAAGGGCCCCGUUGUUUGAAAACGGACAUAGGGCCGGUCUGUGGCAAUGCUGUUAUCGAAGAUGGCGAGGAAUGCGACUGUGGAACAUCUGGAACAUGUCGUUACGUUGACCCUUGUUGUAUACCAAGUGAUGUUACUAACAGUUUAGACAUACCUUGUACUUUUGGCCACAACAAAACUAAAACGUGUUCACCAAAACGUUUCGAUUCGGCAUGUUGUUCGGAAGACUGUGUACCAAUAAGCGCAAGCAGAAAACAAACUUGUAAACACAAAUCUGACUGCACACGUGCAUCUUACUGUGAUGGGGUCAGUUCAUCGUGUCCUGCUCCUGUUAAUCUUCCAGAUGGAAAACCUUGUAAUGGUGGAAGACAAAUAUGCGUAUCAGGGAAAUGUUCGAAGAGUAUUUGUGAAUGGUUAAAACUCAAAGACUGCCAGUGUACUAGUAAACCAUUGUAUUGUCAUGUUUGCUGCAAGGAAUACAAUGCAAAUAAAGACGAAUGUGCUCCGGUCGGGUUUUUUGCGGUUGCACGUAAAUACUCUGUAAACGUAACAACUGAACAGGGCCACGGAUGUAAUGCUAACACAGGUUUUUGUGAUCAGAAGCAUGUAUGCAUUUUGAAAAGUUUGGAUAAUGUCCUGGACACAGUGGACGCAUUUUUAAGUAGUAGAUUUCAACGAGAUAUUGAUGAUUGGAUAAAAAAUAAUUUCUUUUAUAUAUUUGUGGGAAUUUUAUUUACUUUGGUUGUCAUAACGGUAUUUGUAAUCACAAGCAAAAGGACCGUUGAUAGCCACGUAGAAGCUCUGAUAAUGGGGAGGUUAACUAUUGCUCUUGAAGAAUCAUUACGUCAAAAAGAUAUUUAUUUUAAAAAGUUGAAAACUUUCCCAAAAAUAAUUAACAGCAGAAUUCAUGAAAUAAUGUUCGGAAUAGAAAUGGAUUCUGUAGAUGCUGUCGUACGUCUUUCUUUCUUUUUCCCUACAGCAUCCGUACCUUUACUUUUAGAAACUGCAAAGUGUAGUGCAAAUGAAGAAACCGCCGUUCGAAUACUAUUAAUCAGAGGGUUUCCCAUGCAGGGAUUCUGUGUUUCAGCGCCUGAUGACCCGAGACACUGUUUCUUAAAAAUAAGACCAACACGUAAUUCAUGAUGUUUUUUAAUAAAACAAAUUGUUUAAAAAAAAAA